AUGUCGAAGGUGACAGCAGCUUUCACACUCGUCGUCACCGGCUUGGUCUUCGCCGCUCUUUCCGGCCACUGUCACGGGCAGUUGCAGGCCGGAUUCUACCUCGGAAAAUGCGGUUACAAUGACGUCGAGGGUAUUGUUAAGGGCAUCGUCAAAUCUUGGUACAAGAAUGAUACAACCAUCACCGCCGCUCUCCUCCGCAUGCAGUUCCAUGACUGCUUUGUUAAAGGGUGUGACGCAUCCAUUCUUCUGGAUGGAAAUGACACUGAGAAAACAGCAAUCCCAAAUCUAAGUGUCAGGGGCUAUGACCUUAUUGAUGCAAUCAAAGCCGCUCUAGAAAAGGCUUGUCCCCAAGUGGUUUCUUGCGCUGAUAUUAUAGUCAUGGCCACUAGAGAUGCAGUUUCUUUGAGUGGAGGAGCGCCAUACAUUGUGCAAACAGGACGUAGAGAUGGACGGGUGUCUCUUGCUUCCAAUGUCGAUCUCCCCAGCCCUAAAAUCUCAGUGGUGGAUUCUGUCACAGCUUUUGCAAAGAAGGGACUUAACAUAGUAGACAUGGUGUAUCUUUUAGGUGGUCAUACAGUUGGAAUUGCCCAUUGCUCGGUGUUCAAAGACAGGCUUUAUAAUUUCAACAACACAGGCAGACCGGACCCAAGCAUGAACCUAGGACUCUUGUUUUUCUUAAGGCUCAAGUGUCCCAAAGAUUCCACCUUUGACAACACUGCGAAUCUCGACCAGUCGACUCCAGCGCGGGUUGACAAUUAUUAUUACCAGCAGCUGUUACUGCGCAAUGGGGUCCUCCAAUUUGACCAACAGAUGGCGGUGGAUUCCUUAACCAGGGACACCGUGAAAGCCAUAGCUUGGAGAUCGGAUUUCGGGACCAAGUUUGGAGCCGCCAUGGUGAAAUUGGGCGCCGUUGAUGUCCUCACCGGAAGUUAUGGAGAGAUAAGGAAAUCCUGCCGGCUGGCCAACACUUAA